AUGCCAUUCGACGACUUCUAUAUGCGCCAGAUAGACUCCUCUAAUGCCGAUCUAUGCAACACUGGUGGUCGGACUGCCGGGUCUUGUACUGCGGCUAUCUUCUUGAGGGAGUUUGUCGACGGCUUGGCCUGUAAUGCGAAGGAAGGAUCCGACCAAGCUCAAGAUACGGUGGAAUAUGCCCACAUCGAUAUCGCUGGAGCUAUGGAAUGCACCUUGCCCGAUCCGUGCAACCCGAAAGGACUCACCGGUCGACCUGUUCGGGCGUUGAUCGAAUACAUCCGUCAACAAGCCGCGCUCCAUUGA